AUGCAUGCCGACACCCAGACUCCACCGUUCCGCCGCCGGGGCACCAAUUCGUCUGAGACGCCCUUGUCGCCUGAUAUAGAAGCCCCUCAACUUAGGACCGCGUCGCUCGUCGGCAUCACCACGCCCUCUUCUGCGACGUUUCGCGCUCAGACGCCUGCGAGCCCGACCGUUACAUCACCUCCCGUCCGUCGCAAGCCGCUUCCCGCUAACGCCUCGCCCGUCGCCACGCGCUUCUCCUCCCAAAGCUAUACCACGGGCCCCAGGAUCGUCGAGAGAGGUCACACCCAGCGCGCCUUCUCUACUGACACCACUCCUCACCCCUUCGCUCGCUCCCAGGCAGUCUUCACGCCGCCCCUGACUGCAACAAAGGAAGAAUUCCACCCCAAUACACAAGAAAACUCUGCCCCCGCCAGCGAUCCGCUUGACGACUACAUCGCAGAGGACCGAGAUCGCCCCAGGCGAGCAUCAUCGCAAUACGGAGACCUGCUGCCCGUGGGAAAUAAUUCCCGGCCGGGUUAUGAUCGCGCGGCCAGCAGCUACCACACGGCUCAAGUUUCAACAUCUGAAUGGGAUCCUGAAACAGUCCCGAACCACGCACACGGCCACGAACGGACCCCGACCAUGUCCUCAUAUGAUUCACAAAGAACCCCAAACUUGACACUUCAGAUCCACGGAGAGGAUGGCGUCACAGGCGACUUCCUCGACUAUGACCAGCUCACGGACGACGAGGACCGCUCGCCAAAACCUGAGAUGGCCACCGGCAACAAGUUCACUUCGUUCUUUGGAUGGAAGUCUGGAUCACAAAACGUAGCGAACGGCUCGCCUACCACCAACUUCUCUGGGGAUUCCCCAGCGCCCAAUCCCCAGAAGAAGACGCCCAAGGCGCUGGACAUCCCUGCUGCCAACUCCCAGCAGUCGUACUUCACCGUACCCGGCACACCGCUCUACUCGUCCUCUCAUAGCGUCAAUGCACACGUCGAGGAGCUCGAGCGCGAGCUGCGUGAAAUCAGUGCGGAAUUGGCCGGCUCGAUCAAGAGAGAGUUGGAGCUCGAAGAUGAACUUGAGAGCUACAAGGCGGAAAACCCCACCGGGACGACAGAGAACCGGAGAACGAGCGACUACUACUCGGACUCGGGUGCUAGCUCCGCAAAAUUCCCUAUCGGCGACACCGAGGCGAGACUGGAGACGUUGGAAAAGCUGCGCCGGAAAGCAGAGCAAGACAGAGCGCAAGCCAAGAACGAGACUGCACAGCGACUUCAGGAUGAGCUGCGGAGACGCGCUGACCUUGAGGCCCAAGUCCAGUCUCUGGAGGAGCAGCUCCAAGGGAAUGAGAAGCUGGACGACAUCAAGCGCCGACUUGCUGACGAGAAGCAAGCCAAGGAAAACCUGGAAGAUCUGUUGGCAGCCCUACGCCAAGCCCACGACAAGGACCGGGGCGAAAGGGACAAUCUGCGUGAUGAAAUCAUUCCGCAGCUCACUGCUCGCCUGAGUGGUCUCGAAACUGGGGCAGGAGAGGUCGAAAAGCUGAGAUAUGAAAACACUCGCCUGCAGCAGGAACUCGAGUCCUUCCAAAUGGAAAUCCUUCCGGACCUCCGCACCCGCUUGGAGCAAUUUAAGGACAUGCAACAAGAAAACGCUCGUCUGCAAUAUGAGCUCGACAAUGUCCGCAAUGAAACCAACGAUGCCCAAGCAGACCGCAUCGAGAAACUCCAGGACGAGAUCACCCGCCUAAAGCGUCAACUCAGUACCGUUCAAAAUGAAGCAAAUAUUGCUGAAGUUGCUCAACUCCAAGCCUCGCAACUUCAGUCUCUUGGCGAGGAAAAUUCUCGCCUCCAACAGGAGGUCCAAACCCUUCGCAACGAAAACCAGAGCUUGAUCAACGCUCGCCGCAUGCGACUUGAACUAGCACAAUCAUCGGACCGUUUCAACUCGAUUUCCGAGGAAGGAGAGGAAGGCGCACCGUCUGCCUCACCGAAGAUUGGUCUCUCGCGCUCCAACUCCCUUGCUCGCAACUCCGUUCAACUUCUUAAGCGUGGCUCUCGUAGUGGCACGCUGAGCGGCCUCUCCCGGUCGAACUCGGUCAAAGAGAAGGGCGAAGCCCCGCGCGAUUUUGGAGAGAAGAUGAAAGAUGUCGAAGAACAGCGGGACGCCCUGCACCGUGCUCUUAAGCAGCUCCUAGCCCGCUACGAACAGCAGCAGAAAGAUCACGCAAAGAAGAUCAAGCUACUUGAAAUGGAGAGAGACCGCGCGCUCAAUGUGUCUCCCAGACGCACGGCAUUCCACAAUGAGGUCACCAACCUUCGUGCCGAAAUCAACCUUCUGCGCAAGCGUGCAGAUGAUGCUCUCGAUCAGAAGUGGCAAGUCGAGAAGAACCUUGGUGGUCUCCGCAUGGACCUUGCGCGUGCCGAACUGGAAACUAGCUCGCUUCGCGAUCUAAUGGGCGAGAAGGACAUGUUCGCACAAGAGCGGAGACCGUCUGCAGGUAGCGUCUACAGUGAUGACUCCCAGGCACCAGUCACUUUGGAGCGGGCCUACAAGGAGCUUCAGACCCUCCAUGCUCUCUCGCUCGCGCGCGUGAAAGGAAUGGAGGAAGGAGAAGACGCGGCAGAAGCCGAGCGUGUCCUGGGUCUGCUCAAGCAGAGCAUAUCAGACGCGAAGGCGGAGCGUGAUAACGCACUCAAGGAGGCCGAGACGUACCGUCAACAGGCUCGUGCGCUUCAGGAGUCGGAGGUUGCACACUUGGACAAGGAGCACUCUCUUGCGUCUGAACUCUUCGGAGCAGCCAAGAGGAUGGACGAACUCGCCGCCCAAACACAGGCGCAGCUCCAGCAAAACGAUGCUCUCAAACAACGUCUUGCUGAGGCUAUCGGACGAGGUGAAAGCGAGCAGCGUCUCGCUGCGAAGCGCAUCACCGAGAUGCAAAGCAAGCUACGCGCGGCUGAGGAAAGCGUCUCGGUGGCGCAGAGCCAAUCGGAUGAGGCGCUCAACCCCCACGAGGAUGAGCUGCGUGCUAUCAACGACAGUCAAAUAGCACAGUUGAAGCGCAUGCAGAAUGCCCGGGGUUUGCUUGAUCCAACGAAACUUACGCCAGCACACAGUCCCCUGCCGAAGCCCCUUAGCCCUAUAUUUGUGCAGAGAAGCCCCAGGCUGGACAUCACUUCGAGUGGCUUAGGCAUCUCGAUCCAGCAGGCAACGAAGACAGAGGAUUUGGAGCACAAGGUGCACAACCUGGAGAAGGCCCUGUCCGACGCGGACAGAGAGAUGGAGGAGGUGGUCAGCCGCAUGAACAUGGCGCAGAUCGAAGUCGCAGAGCUGCAGUCCGAGAAGGACGAGGCUAUGCGCGAGACAAGAAGGCUGCAAGCCGAGAUCACUGCCCAACGCGAGUUGGUCAAGGAGCUCAUGAGCCAGCAGUCGGCAUAA